AAAGAGAGCAACACAGUCUGAGCUCAUGUCUCGUAGCUGCUGUUUGCUGUGGAAAACGAUCACCGGGCUGAAGUUGACUGAUGGAGAAUACAGAAGUCGAUAAGGAUUCCCGACUAAAGGAAUAUUUCGUGGCCGCCGUCAGGACCGGGAACGAGAUCGUGUUGGAAGAGCUUCUGAGCAAUGGAGUGUCUGCUUUAGACAUGGGGAAAAUCGAUGGACUGUGCUGUGAGGAACACCUGACGAUUUCUGGGCACAGUGAAGCGCUGGAAGUAAUCCUGAAACACUCUCCUGUUAAAAAGUGGAUCAGCGAGUACCACCAGAUCCUGAAGAAACACAACCCGCGUGAAUACUUGAUCUGGCAGAAGAAGAACAGCUGCCGCCCGGAGAUGACGACCAUGAACCACGAACUGGCCAAUAGGAAGGCCGCAAUGUCACCCCGACCAAUCGAAUGGGGAUGUCCCCCACAAAUGUGCACACUCCUCUAG